AUGCGCUCUUUGGGCCAGAACCCUACCCAGGCUGAGCUUGAGGAUAUGAUCAACGAGGUCGACGCCGACGGAAACAACUCUAUCGACUUUGCCGAGUUUAUGACUCUUAUGGCUAGGAAGAUGCACGACACCGACUCUGAGGAGGAGAUCCGUGAGGCUUUCAAGGUCUUUGACAAGAACAACGACGGCCACAUCUCUGCUGCCGAGUUGAAGCACGUCAUGACCAACCUCGGCGAGAAGCUCACAGACGCCGAGAUCAGCGAGAUGAUCCGGGAGGCCGACAAGGACGGCGAUGGUAUGAUCGACUACAACGAGUUUGUCACUAUGAUGAUCGCCAAAGUACGCUCCCAUUUGUAUGACUCUAAUGGAUGCUGA